CUGUUUGCAGCCGAAGAUGGCUUCAAAAUUUCGUUUGCUUUGCUUGAUUUUGAGCAGCCAACUGCUGUGCAACAUUUUGGAGCCUGCAUCUUCUACGAUACAAUACGAGAACGAUGGGAAACAAUCACAGAUAAGAAUUUGAUUGCGAAAGUCAAAGAAACACUUAUGGAAAAGUUGGCUUUGGGUGCCCCGUUUCUGAACCAGUCAGUGACGAAUAAGCUCACUUCUUCGCUUGCAAUGUUUGCGUUAUGCUCGAUGCCCGAUAUUUGGCCAGAGCCGAUACAUGAUUUAGCGACAACGUGGAGUGAUCAGCCAGAAUUGUUGCUGAGAGUUUUAGCUGAAUUGGCUGCAGAAUUUGUUCGUGUACAGAUACCGCUUACACAGCGUUCGGUUGUCAAAUCAUGUUUACAUCGUAAAGCUGAGGAUGUUAUCAGAAUUAUCAAUUUAAUUUUGUGUGAUAAGGACGCUACGCCAUCACUAAGGAAUGCUGCUGUUGAGUGUCUUGAACAAUGGCUACGCUUGCCAGGCAUCGAUUUGGCUCAGUGGCAGCCGGCACUUUUACCAUUUCUCGGUAAUCCUAGCGACAGAGCGGCUUUGGCUCGAAUCCUGAAUGUGGUUUCGGCGCAUCCCGAUCUUCCAUUCAUCGAAAAUUUAGCUGUGGAUCUGAACACUUUUUUGGCCAGUAUCACUUGUUCUGUAAUUAUGGAACAGCUCCGUAUGCUUAGCAAGCAGCACAGCGAAAUCAGCGAGGAGUCUCGAGCUGGUUACAUUGCCGAGCUGGAAGAAUACGGUCUUCUUGUUGCUGCUCUGGCUGAAUUUGUGGAAGUCACGAUAAGCCCGUUACUUAUGGGUUGUGUCGAGAAACGAAGUACGGAAGUGCUGAGGUAA